GGAGACUCAGUCAGAGGAUCCCUAGAUGUUCGUGAGGGAGCGCGCGCUGAGCUUCCCGAACCCGAUGGCACAAAAACGAGGCGCCAGCAGGUCCGGCUCACGCCCCAGCAGGCUUCUUUCCCUCUGGUGGGAAAGUGGGUCAACUUUGUUCUGAUCUGAAUGGGGCUUUGGGGCUGCUUGGGUCGCUCCUCACCUCCCCACCGGCUUCCCGGCUUGGCAUGGUCCAGAGCCCGGGCUGGAGCCAGCGGUGGGGCCAGCUUGCACACAUGGCUCCGGAGGCUCCGGUUGCCCAUCCGAGCCGCUGCCAGACUCUAAAGUUCCCAACUGACUACACCAGUAACUAAAUAUAGGAGCAGAUGGUGGGGACGGGCUGUCGCAGCGGCUCCUUUGCAGAGGUCUCCAGACUGCAGAUAAGGCUCAGGCCCUUUUGUGAGCAGCAGACCAGCCUGGGGGCUGGCAGCAGGACACCUGUGUCUGCAUGCUGAAGAAGAUGGGUGAGGCCGUGGCCAGAGUAGCAAGGAAGGUCAACGAGACGGUGGAGAGCGGCUCUGAUACUCUGGACCUGGCCGAGUGCAAGCUGGUCUCCUUUCCCACUGGCAUCUACAAGGUCCUGCGGAAUGUCUCUGGCCAGAUCCACCUCAUCACCCUGGCUAACAACGAGCUCAAGUCCCUCACCAGCAAGUUCAUGACCACGUUCAGUCAACUCCAAGAGCUCCGCCUGGAGGGAAACUUCCUACACCGCCUCCCCAGCGAGGUCAGUGCCCUGCAGCACCUCAAGGCCAUUGACCUGUCCCGGAACCAGUUCCAGGACUUCCCUGAGCCACUCACUGCCCUGCCGGCGCUGGAGACCAUCAACCUGGAGGAGAACGAGAUCGUAGAUGUGCCCGUGGAGAAGCUGGCUGCCAUGCCAGCCUUGCGCAGCAUCAACCUCCGCUUCAACCCACUCAAUGCCGAGGUGCGCGUGAUCGCCCCGCCGCUCAUCAAGUUUGACAUGCUUAUGUCUCCGGAAGGCGCAAGAACCCCCCUACCUUAGGCCACCCUCCUCAUGCCCACCCAGCAAGGGACAGAGGCCACUGGCCUGUCACCCUGGAAGGGAGGGAGGCCCAUGGGAGGCCAAGCUUGCAGGCUGGGGGUGGGUGGGCCGACCAGCAAGUGGUGGGUGGGGCGCAGCCGGUCUGAAUAGAUAGCUUACAACAGUAGCGGCCUCUGGAAUGCCCAAGGGAAGAGGCAAGGUGGGGCCUGCCGCCUGGACUCUGGGCACUUACAGCUGCUAUGCAAGCUCAGGCAGAUCUCCUGCCUUCUCUGAGCCUUGUCACUUGAAAAAAGGGACCUUGGAAAAGGUCCCUACAAAAAGGCAGGGACCCUUUACCUCCUUUGGGCUCCCUGGAGGUUUUUAAGCAGUAUGUGCCUCCAAGUUACCUCCAGAUCAGCAGGCACAGGUGGGCAUUGCUGGGUAUUUUCUGGACCCCUGCGGGUUUGAGGCCUUGUUUUUAGUGCUGAGUGCCAGUUGCUGUCCUGAGAAGAGAAGACAACCCCCAUCUAUUUAUUACUUCCUGAGAACUGACCUGGAUACGGCCCUCUUCAGGGCCCGGCCUUCACCCCUGUGGUCCCUGAACUGGCAGGAGCCUCAGCUAGGAGUCCUGUGAGAGCUGUGGCGGGAAUCCGGCCUGGCACUGCUGCAGGGCAAGAACAUUCAUGUAGGAGCCCGAGGACCAGCAGGCUGGGAGUGGGGAGCAAGUCACGUCAGCUCUGUCCUUCCUGACAGCUAACAAAUCGGCGGGGUGGGAAGUCCUGAGUUCUCCGUCCCUCUGUAGUGUCACCCCUGAGCCGCGGGAGAGGUGGCCCAGAGAACGGCAGAGCCAUUUGCACCUGUGGCUCUGGUCUGAAGCGAUCAGAUGGCCACCCUCACCACAGUCCCAUCCAGCAGCAGCCUGGCUGCCUUGUCAGGGCCCCUGGGGGCAAAACAUGGUGUGAAUCAUCAAAUUUGUAGCCAGCCAGUUCCCAGGCCAACACCCAAACCCCUGAUGACCUAGUCCUUUAAAGGACUCAACCUGGCAUCUUAGGGUAUGAUGAGGCAACAGGGUGACCAGCUCUCCUGGUUUCCCAGGACGUGGAACUUUCAGUGCUAAAACUGGGACAGUACCCGGCAAGUGGGAAUGGCUGGUGCCCUACCAGGAGAAGGCCUGGGGCUUUUUCUUCCUGAGAACACCUGUGGCUUGAAGACUGCUUGGUCCUCAGGCAUCUACCUCCCAUUUCUCUCAUGUGUGGAGCAGGCUGACUCAGGGCCCCAGACUCCACCUGAUCUGCACCUUUGUUUGAAUCUCUGGAGGCACCUGAGGCCCCUGGGCUUGAGGCAAAGCCAGGCCACCCAAAUCCUGCAUUCUGUGGAUGAGUGGCCACUUUAGCACUCCUAGGGCUAAGAUGUUAAGAGCUCAGAUCACUGCUCAGAGCAGUAAUCCCUGCUCAGAAAGCUCCCAAUUCUCCCGUCCCUGCCCAGGUCUCCUGUCUCUGCCCAGGUCUCCUGUCUCUUGGUAAGGAGCUGACAGGUUGGGCCACUGUUGGGCCAUCACUGAGCUCUCAGUAUCUCAAAAAACUUCGUUCUGCUCAUAUCACAAGGCCUGGUUGGUCAAACUCUGGGCAAAGGGUUUUCAGGAUGAGGAGGUUAAGACAGGAUCUCCAGAGCUACCGAGUUCAUCUGUGGGUGUUGGAGGCAAGUUGGGGCUGAAGUCCUGUUCAGGCUGUGCUGGCCCCACCUGCCUUGUGACCUGGACAGGGUUUCUCCCUGUUGAAGAAGAGGCAUGCUUCUCUGAUGUGCACAAAGGCAGUGUAUGACCAGAGCCUUGCAACUCACAGUGUGGUCUGUGGACCGGCAGUGGCAGUGUCCCCUGGGAGCUUGUUAGGAAUGCAGAGUCCAGGCCUCACCCUAGACCUCCCGACUCAGACCCUGCAUUUUAGCAAGACCCCCAGCUGAUUCCUAUAAGCACUUCAGAGUUUGAGAAGCAAGGACCGAGGCUGGGGAUGUCCUCCAACAAGAGGGUAAAGGUUCUCUCAGUUCUCUCCUUGCCACUUCCAGGGAUCCGAGCCUGUGCUCAGCCUCCUCCCUAACCAGCCCUGAGAGACCCUUGGCCUGUUAGAUUGUUCCAGAGUCUGUGUGGCACUUCUGAAGAAGGGAGUGACCUGCAGUCACCAGGAGAUGAGGGUUAGGUGUGCCUGGCCCUUUGGACCUGGCCUUUCUGGUUAACCCCUGCAUGCCAAGCUGUCUGCUGACCCAGGUCCUCACCUCAGGCCUCUGAAGGGGCAGCUUCUGGAAGUUGUUUUCUCCUCUGCUUGGAGAGUUUGCCCUUGCCUCUCGGGGAAAGUGUGGGCAGCCACAGCAGCCCCCAAAUCAGAGCUCACAGUGAGUGAGCCCCUUAGCUUUAGUCUGCAAUAAAGAAUGCAUUGAUUUCGUC